GUCAUCGCCGCUUGCUUUUACCUGCUCAUGCUUUCGGGCCCUCUGACUAUAAAUAUGGGCUGAUGAGGAUAUCGGGUGGCAUAUUGUGCUCUGGCAUACCUACCUAGAGCGAUACCUUUACCUGUCCCCUUUUCAUCGGAAGCCAGCAGUGACCAACACUAUCAACCACCAUCAUGCCAGAAUCAAUCAUCAUUGCCAGCUCCGCAAACACAGAAAAAGCUGUCGCCAAACCCACCGGCACCUUUACUGGAGAAGUCUUUUUGGAAAUGCUGCACAUGGACGAGCAAGCGGCGCUGGCCAAUGUCACGUUUACACCGUGUGCUCGAACCCACUGGCACACCCAUAAAGGCGGGCAGAUGAUUCGUGUUCUUUCUGGAGCUGGUUGGAUCUGCGAUAAGGGCGAGGAGGCACGAAGAAUCAAGGCUGGUGAUACCAUCUGGGCUCCGGCGGGAACCACGCAUUGGCACGGUGCGGACGAUGGAAGUAUCAUGACUCAUUUUGUCGUCGGAAUCGGGGCCACAGAGUGGCAUGAUGCUGUGUCCGAACAAGAGUACAGGAGAAGAGUUAGUGAUGUGAAGUAGUACCUCAACUUUUCCGACAGAGCCGGUGCGCUUGUCACAUCUUGGCUGGACUAUUGGUCCGCGUAUUGCGGCAUUGUAUGUUAUUCCCUCGGUACGCUACCGGUUCGGCCGCACUAAAUAGCAUGCUGAAAAUUUUUCUCCAUUCUCUAACGAAACCUGGGAUUGAGACAUUUUAAGGGGCUUGAAAAGUGCAUUAUUGAUAGAGACGAAUUUUUUAAUAUAUUUCAGAUUUAGGGCUA